CAAACGAGCCUAAAAGUGACUAUAAUAUAAACCAUCUAGAAAAGCAGUUUAAUACCAACAAGCAAAACCCAACACACCCACCCUUUUCCCAAACCCCAAUUUUAUUAAAAAUUUCACGUACUAUACUCCUAGUCAAUUUUCAUCCGCAUCCACAAUCUCAUUUUUUGACCAUCAAUCAUGGAGUUCUUCAACACCGCCAGGGCGGUCAAGCUGCGAAGCCACCUCGACAAGUACCUCGUCGCCGACGACAACAUGGAGUCCGUCCGCCAGAGCCGGAACGGCACCUCCCGAAAGGCCCGGUGGACGGUCGAGCUUGUUGAGAACAAACGCCACGCCAUCCGUCUCAAGAGCUGCCACGGCCUCUACCUCACCGCCACCGACCUCCCCUUCCUCCUCGGCAUGACCGGCAAGAAAGUCCUCCAGGCGGAGGCCGACAAGCUCGUCGGCUGGAAGUUCGAGUGGGAACCCAUACGCGACGGGUUCCAGGUCAAGCUGCGGACGUGGUGCGGCAAGUACUUGCGCGCCAACGGUGGGCCGCCGCCGUGGCGAAACUCCCUCACUCACGACGACCCCUCCACGUCAUCCACCCAGAACUGGAUUUUGUGGGACGUUCUGGAGGCGGAGGUUCCGGCGUCAGAGUCGUUGACUGACUUCUUGCUGUCGCAGCAGUCGAGUUUUUCGUCGUUUUCCGACGAGCCUAACGGGUCGCCCGUUUCGGUGUUUUCGACCAAGUCGCCUAGAAUUAUGUCUCCUAAGCCGUCGUUGAAAAACCUGGUUAUGACUCCGAAGCCGUCGUCGAAAAACCUGGCUAAGCAGAUGCAUACCAACAAGUUCCGAAUCGGAAUGGACUUCUUCCGCAACGCCAAGGCGGUGCGCCUCCGCAGCCACCUCGAGAAGUACCUCCUAGCCGAGGAGGACGAGGAAUCCGUAAUCCAGGAGCGAAAUGGAUCAUCCAAGAGAGCCCGGUGGACCGUCGAGUUCGUGCCCGACUCCGACAACAUCAUCCGACUCAAGAGCUGCUUCGGCAAGUACCUCACCGCCUCCAACCAGCCCUUCCUCCUUGGGAUGACUGGCCAGAAAGUGCUGCAGACUCUGCCGCAGCGGCUCGACUCCUCCGUCGAGUGGGAGCCCGUCAUGGAUUGCAAGCAGGUCCGGCUCAAGACCCGGUACGGAAAAUUCCUCCGAGCCAAUGGGGGACUGCCGCCGUGGCGGAACUCGGUGACUCACGACAUUCCUCACAGAACCGCAACGCAAGAUUGGGUUCUGUGGGAUAUCGAUGUUGUCGAGAUUCGUACCAACUCUCCGGCUGCUUGGCCCUCCGGACCGCCGCCGCUUCCCCAUUCUGAUUCUCUGGAUUUCGAUUCCAGCUCCCCAUCAGCCGCUUCCGUCAAAUCCAACCAUUUUUCAAGACAAGGGUCGAGUGAUUCUUAUGUGGAGUCGCCGCCGAAGGAGGGGAGGACUAUAUAUUACCAGAUAGCUGAAGAUAACGGCGAUGUGAAUGAUGAAGCAGCGCAGGGCUACUCUAUGACUUUUAAAGGAAUCGGGGUUGAUGAAUUGACUCGUAAGCUCGAGGAGGAAACCGGGAUUGAGGGGAUCAUCGUUUGUGCUCGAAGCCCUUUGAAUCACCAGCUCUAUCCACUUCGAUUGCAGCUUCCCCCGAACAAUGUGACCAUGCAGGUUGUCCUGGUGUUGCCGACUUCAAAAGCUGGGAAAGAUCUUGCAAAACAGGGUUUGUUAUAGGAGGCAUCGUCAUCAAACGGAAAUCAAAGUUUUGGUCCGGCUGCAAAUAUACACUCUCAUCAUCUUCUGCACAUAUUUUGAUUUAGGAGACUUCUAUGUAUGGUAUAUACCAAGGAUUUGAAUCACCGGAGGAUGCGAAGUCCUGCCUUCGGUUGGUGUCGCAACAGCUUAAGUACAUGAUAUGCAGAGAGUUGAAGGACUUGUGUUCUUGUCCUUUUUUUUUUCACUUGGGACUUAGUUAAAUCUGUAAAAAUUAUGCUUUUGUAUGAGCAUUUUUAGAUGAACUGGUGGCUUUGUUCCUCCUGAGAUAUUACAUUAUAUAUAUAUAUAUAAUUUUUUU